CAACAUUUGAUGUGUGCAGUAAUUGUAAGCAGAAACCGUUGACCGUACAUAUAUCUAUUCACUCUCCCUCUUCUCUUCCUCUCCCACCACCAAAAAUCACAACCUCCGCCGCCGGGAAACGCUCCAAGAUCCGCCAUUUCGAGCUUCUACCUGCAAAAGGAGCGAUUUUGUGUAAAAUGGGGGAAAUUAGAAGAUGAAGGUAACGAUAGAGACAGGUGCCAGCCACCAAAUCCAGCCCCCUCCAAACCCUUCAGAUCUUCCCGGGUUCCAACCGCGCAAGCCGCCGCGCCGCAAGGCCCACUCCGGGGUCCGUUUGAGGAGGGAAUCGGGAGCUCCGAAUACGAAGCGGAGCAGCCGACCCGAGACCCCUUUGCUUAGGUGGAAGUUCGAUGAGAAUAAUGUAGCUGCGGAGGAGAAGGCCGGGGAAGCCUCCCGGAACGGCCGCCGGAGGAAUAGGCCUGGGGUGUCCUCUAGGAAGCUCGCCGCCGGCUUGUGGCGGCUGCGGCUGGCGGAGCUGCAGGAUAAUGUAGGGCUUCAGUCUGGAGGUGGCCAUUUCGGAGCCUCUAUCCAUUGUCAUCACGCUGACAGAGUGCAUCGUUCUCCUGCUGAGGAUCCCGACUCUCCACAGUCUGUCUCUGGUCCAAAACACUCCCUUCUCUACAAGACUUUGAAUACAUUUUAUUCUAAAAUUGAAAACCCUCUUUACACCCUGCAGUUUGAACCUUCUUUUCAAUUUCCGAAUUAUGCGAUGGAGGGUGCGACAAAGUGGGAUCCUGAUGGUUGGAAAGCAUCAGAGGAAGUGAAGAAUAUAUUCAGCCAAACAAAGCCUAGCGAUGAGCACCGAGCAAGUUCUGCUAAAGUAAUAUCUGCCCUCAAGGAAGAGCUGGAGCAGGCUAGAUCAAGAAUCAACGAGCUUGAAACUGAUCGCAGAUCUUCAAAGAAGAAACUAGAACAAUUCUUGCGGAAACUCAGUGAGGAAAGAACUGCAUGGCGGAGCAGAGAACACGAAAAAGUUCGUGCUAUUAUAGAUGACAUGAAAGCUGAUGUUACCAGGGAAAAGAAGAACCGGCAAAGGCUGGAGAUUGUCAAUUCUAAGCUGGUCAACGAGUUAGCUGAUGCCAAGCUAUCGGCCAAGCGUUACUUGCAUGAAUAUGAGAAGGAAAGGAAGGCCAGAGUACUGAUAGAGGAGGUUUGCGAUGAGCUAGCUAAAGAGAUUGGAGAAGACAAGGCUGAAGUGGAAGCAUUAAAGAGAGAGUCGAUGAAACUUCGGGAGGAAGUGGAUGAAGAGAGGAAGAUGUUGCAAAUGGCCGAGGUUUGGCGUGAGGAACGAGUUCAAAUGAAAUUGGUUGAUGCCAAGGUGAUGCUCGAAGAGAAGUACUCCCAGAUGAACAGGCUUAUAGCAGAUCUUGAGCCGUUCCUGAACUCUAGAUCAGAUUCGCAGGAGACGAAGAAGGCAGAUUUUUUACGGCAGGCAGCCGCCUCUCUUAACAUACAAGACGUUCGUGAUUUAACGUACGAGCCCCCGAACUCUGACGACAUUUUCUCCGUCUUUGAAGAUGUCAAUUUCGGCGAAUCCAAUGAGAGAGAGGUCGAGCCAAGCGUUGGCUACACCCCUGCGAGUCAUGCCUCCAAGAUGCACACAGUGAGUCCUGAAAUAAAGAUGCUCAACAAAGACGGCGCUCACAGGAAUUCCAAUGUAUAUAUGAACCAGAGUGGCGAGCUAGAAGAGGACGCGAGUGAGUGGGAAACCGUGAGCCACCCCGAGGAUCGGGGGUCAAGUUACUCACCAGAUGGAAGCGAUCCUUCUGUCAACAAGAAUUUCCGGGCCAGCAACGUCUCAAUGAAUGGGAUGGAAUGGGACAAAGAUGGAGGGCAGGAAACGCCAAUAAUGGAAAUCACUGAAGUGGACUCAGCAAGACUGAGGCAGUUGAAGAGGGUCUCUUCAAUAUCUAAACUAUGGAGGUCGUGCCCGAGCAACGGUGACAAUUACAAGAUCAUAUCAGUAGAUGGAAGGCUCUCGAAUGGUAGGCUUUCUAAUGCAGGUAUCAUGUCACCUGAUCACGGCUCAGCAAAAGCUUGCCUUAGCCCCCAAGAUUUAUCGGGGCAGUGGAGCUCCCCCGACUCAGGAAACCCACACGGGAAUCGUGCUAUGAAAGGGUGCAUUGAAUGGCCACGCACCGGGCAGAGGAAUAGUUUGAAGGCGAGACUGCUUGAGGCGAGAAUGGAGAGCCAAAAGGUCCAGUUGCGCCAGGUUUUGAAGCACAAGAUUUGAAACUCCUAUAAAUGGUAAGGUUAGUUAACUUGUCUUCUGCCAGCUCGACCACGGGCAUCGCCACCGGGGCCUCGGAUCAUGCGUUAAAUUGAUCUUGGUUGUCGGCAUUCGCAAAGCUAAGGUAUGGAUUAUUAUGAGGUAUUCUGUGUUAGGUGAUAGCAAUUUUGCGGAUGAGCAGCCUAAAAAAUGGCAUUAUUUAUAAGUUAUGAUGUAAUAUGUUGAAUUUAUUGAUAUAGAGAGGGAGGGAAACAUUGUAUCUGUAAUUUGGCUUCAGACAGUCCGCUCUGCUCUGCUCAGUUAGUUGCUUCUUUUCCCAAGCCUUGUGUUGUCUACUACUAUUGGAAUGGAAUCUUUUUCAUGUCCAAAAACUGCUCUCUUGUUAUAAGCAUCAUGGGACAUGGAGGAAGAGGGAAAUAACAUCAUGUGCUACUGAUAUAACUGUAAUCUUGUUUUUAAAUUUUUAAAUCA